AGUUGAAAAUUGAAUCUUUGGGAAGCACUAUAUUAUAACUCCAUACUGAAUGAAUUCUGGCUUUAAUUUCAGCUUCCUCACCUAUGAUAGUCAAGCGCAUUGCCGAAUUCAUGUGAAUUGAAUGGAUUCAGAUCAGAAUUUGGGUUGGCUUCCGUUUGAUCUGGGUAAUUGGGCAGGCGGUAUGUCGAAUUCAAAAGGCUUUUAGUGCAGAAUAAAAGGGCAUAUAGAAGAAACACGACAGAAAUGCCACAGCCAUCAGUAAUCCUUGCAACAGCAGGCUAUGACCAUACAGUACGGUUCUGGGAGGCCACUAGUGGCCGCUGCUAUCGGACCCUUCAGUACCCUGAUUCUCAAGUUAAUCGUCUUGAGAUAACACCGGACAAACAAUACUUGGCUGCAGCUGGAAAUCCACAUAUUCGCUUAUUUGAAGUCAAUUCGAAUAAUCCUCAACCUGUGAUUAGUUAUGAUUCUCACACAAACAAUGUUACAGCUGUGGGAUUCCAAUGUGAUGGCAAAUGGAUGUAUUCGGGCUCUGAAGAUGGUACUGUGAAGAUUUGGGAUCUGAGAGCUCCAGGUUGCCAGAGAGAAUAUGAAAGUCGAGCUGCGGUGAAUACAGUUGUCUUACAUCCAAAUCAGACAGAAUUGAUAUCUGGGGAUCAAAAUGGAAACAUCCGGGUGUGGGAUCUGACUGCCAAUUCUUGCAGUUGUGAAUUGGUUCCAGAGGUAGAUACAGCUGUACGAUCAUUGACAGUGAUGUGGGAUGGGAGUUUAGUUGUAGCUGCAAAUAAUAAUGGAACAUGCUAUGUUUGGCGGUUGUUACGUGGAACUCAGACAAUGACUAACUUUGAGCCAUUGCAUAAACUACAAGCACAUGACAAAUACAUUCUGAAAUGUCUUCUUUCACCAGAGUUCUGUGAACAUCAUCGGUAUUUGGCAACAACAUCAUCUGACCAUACUGUAAAAAUAUGGAAUGUUGACGGCUUUACUUUGGAACGUACUUUGACAGGACACCAACGUUGGGUUUGGGACUGUGUAUUUUCUGUUGAUGGAGCUUUCCUCGUGACUGCAUCUUCAGAUACAACUGCAAAGCUGUGGGAGCUAUCAACAGGAGAAGCAAUCAGAACUUACCAAGGGCACCAUAAAGCAACUGUAUGUUGUGCCCUGCAUGAUGGUACAGAGACUUCUCCUUGCUAGUAACAUAAAUCCCUAAGCCAGAUAAACAUGACUUAGCUCCCCAUGUUCCUUUUACCAGAUUCUUUCAUGGACAUGCUUUGCAUGUUGUAACAAACAUGUUAGACAAUUGUGUAUUCUGGGGAAUAUAGUUAGUUCACUAGCUUAUGCUUGUAUAUUAUUGAUCUAGAGGGAUAAUUUUACCAGCUAUACCUUUGUGUUUAAUUUUUAAUGAAUCUGAACCUGGAUUCUGGGAGCAGAGCAGGCUGCCCCUCUUUUUAUUGUUGUGUUCUGUGGGUCAUCAAGAUUGCCAGGAUUUCACAUUGCUCAGGAAGGCUCUUCUUAUCAAUGGUGUGUGGGUCCACCCUCCAACUUUGUUUCCACUGUUUCGUAUACUUGCAAACUUUUAUGUCAGGCACAUACAAAUAAAAAAUAAAAGAAUAACUGCAAGCACACAUUCUAAAAUGUUCAUAAAUUUUUGACCA